CAGUUCAGUCUGCAGCUAGCAAUUGAACCUCCUGACAGUCUAAUUUUAUAAGAAAGUCGUUUGAGACAACCUCCCAUACCUUCAAAUCGUGAAAUGUGAAAGAGUGGGUGAAUAAACAGCAUGCUCAUUGGUAUCAUUCAUUCCUGUUAAAAUCGUAGUGCCGGUUAGAGAACUUUUCACUUUUCCGUUUAAUAAUAUCCCACGUGUUUUUGAAAAAAUUCUGUGUUGUGUGAGCCGCGCUUCUGUGCGAGGAACGUUAUUUGACACACUUUAAAGUAAAAAAUUCGCAGUGAUGUUGAAUUUCAGUUUUACGAAAUUAAUAAUUAAUUGUUACAAGUUUUUUACACCGGUAUUAAAUCACAAUCGAAUUCGAAGUGGUUUCGUGGUUUAGUUUUACUAUUGUGUUGCAUAACAACUUUUACACUUUGUGUAUGAUAUACUUUCCCGUGAAUAACGAAGAAUGAUAUUUUUCUACGCUUCCUCAUAAACUGCUAUGAAGGGAAAAGAUUACGAAAUCAAAAUGCCCGUAAAGGAAUGGUUUCGAAGUUUACAACCCAUCCAACUUUAUGUUAUUCUAAUUCUGACUGUGAUGUUUUUUAUAACAGAAUUGAUUUUUAGUCAUAUUACACAUGCUUUAACACUUUUAAUGGACUCCUACCACAUGCUGUGCAAUAUUUUAGCGUUGACUGGUUGUAUUAUAACGAUUAAGAACAGCAAUAGCAAAGAAUGCAGGACAAACAACCUAUCAUCUAGUGUUAGUACCAUAAGCGAAACAAUCACAAAUCCAUCUGGUUGUUCAGACAAAAGACCAAAUCAAACUAAAAAAUCUCCGACGAGGGCUAACCAAGAAAACAAAUUAAAAAACACCUUCGGAUGGGCAAGAAUCGACGUAAUUUCGUUGCUAAUAUGUUGCAUUUUCAUGGCAUCCCUGUCAUUUUCCGUAUUCGUGGAAGCAUUGCAGACUUUAGUUCACAUCGACCAUCUUGACGAAAUGCAUCACCCUUUGUCAGUUUUAUUUAUCGGAGCUGCGGGUUUACUGUUAAAUGGAGUUUGUUAUUUACUAAUUGGGGGCUACACGUUUCAUCAAGGAAGUUUUCUUUAUGUCACAGAGAGUGGAGAUGUUGUUUUAGAUAGAGUCGUUGUACCUGAUUUAGUGAAACAAGGAGGAAGAAGACUAUCCAGAACAAGACCCACCCCACCGCUACCGAAACGACAAAGACAAGGAUUUUUAGAAAUGUGUAGGGAUAUCAUAGGCUGUGUUUUUGUUAUUAUUUGUGCUUUAAUAGUGUAUUUCACAGAUAAACAUGUCGCAAAAUAUGUAGAUCCUCUUUUAUCUUUAGCUUCUGCCGGUUCUCUUUUGUUUCUCAGCUACCCUCACAUGAAGGAAAGCUGUUUGAUUCUACUACAAACGAUACCUGACUCUAUAAACAUAGACGUGUUAAAAAAAGAUCUGAUAAAACAUUUCCCCGAUAUUGUGAACGUUCACGACUUUCACGUUUGGCAGCUAACAGCGACCAAAAUUAUUUCUACUGUUCAUAUUAUUUUUGAGAAUCAAAAGAGUUACAACACCAUAAUGGACGACAUUACGGAAUUUUUAAUCGAAAAUGGGAUUACGCAAGUAACCAUUCAGCCCGAAUUUUACACAAAGGCGGAAAGUACACACAAUUUAACUUCACUUUGUUUAAUGCAAUGCCAAGGAGAAGGUUGUAAAUUAAGUCAUUGCUGUCCCAACUAUGAAUCAAGUGGUGUUAAAUUAAGAAAAGGAAGCAAAUCAGAUGCCAAAGAACUUAUGAUGUUAGGGAAUUCGUUACCAGAUUUACGGUCGAUAAAAGUAAUAAAUAACGAAUUUUCGAAAACAACUGAUUGCUUAACAAGAACUGCAACAACACAAAGCAGCGACAAAAUACCGUCAUAGCCCAGUAUUCUGUUUUUUUUUCAAGUACAAAGUAUUGUAGAUUUUUUAAAUAGGUUGAGUAGGCAAAUUAAGAUAAGCAUAUAAAACUCAUUAAUUUCUAGGGGUGUUUACUCCUAAUUUCAAUAAAGUUUACACGGGACCAAAAAUUAACAAGUUCUCAAUGUUGUCAAAUUUGACAUUUUUGAUGAACGCUUUAUAAUUAAUUAUUUUGUAAUGCCCAUCUUACAAUUUGAUAUAAAUUUUUAUAUGAAAUUAGUGAAUUAUGAUGUACCUCAAUAAAAAUGUUUGUGUAUGU